AUGGAGGCCUUGGUUCACCAAACCCCCAACGGUGGGGCAGCGAUGACCCAGCGCAUGGCGUUCGAACGCGUCUUCGGGAGCCGGUACGUCAAGAGCACGGUGUGCAGGCAUCGUGGUGUGUGGCGCAAAGCCCCGCAAUCCCUCCGCGAUGAGUUCGAGGCGAUGGGCGAGGACGAGCGUGCGUGCUGGGGCGAAUUCGUCAGGCGCGUCGAGGGUAGGCCACCUGGACGCAUCAAUGGACCAACACUCAUACCGGUCCAUGAACUGCCCUAUCAAAUGGGUUCCCAGCAAACUGUCAAUGGGUCGAGUCCACCCGGACAGGCAUCAGGCCAUCCACCCGCAGCCAGCAGUCCAGCGAGCAAUAUCCCCAACGGCGCGAAUCGCCAUCAGCCGGAAGAGGAAGAGGAUGAUGAUUCUGAUGAAGGCUCGAGUGGCCAGGAACCACCCAUCAUGAACUCGCUGCAGUUUGCAGUUGAUCACAAUAGCACUUCGACUCAUACCCCGACCACGGUCUUACCCGCUCAGAAUAGUGCGCCUCUUCGUAUUCUCCGCGUGAUCAUAUACUAA